AUGGGCCUGAUACGCAACCUCGCUUCAAGCCUCCGCAAGGACGACCCCCGACUGCUGCGAAUCCCGCCGUAUUUGUCCCUGCUUUGCAUGCUCAUUGGCAUCUCAUGGCUUCUGCCUUUGCCUUUGCAGGAGUACUCUCGACAGACGUACAUCUCGGAAAACGCGCUCCUUCCUGGCCAGGUGCACACUUAUUUCGGCGGUAGCGAGCAGAACGUUUUCCGCGCAUAUCGAUUCGAAUUGGCAACGGUCCUAGAAAAUGUCGCGGGCAACGAGACCCUGGGGGAAGCGGAGCAGAGACCCCUGGAGGAUGGGACAAGUGAAAAGUUGGAAGAACUCUUCCGGAACGCCGGCUUGAAGACUGCGAAGCAACGAUAUUCUUACACGUCGUCCGGUCGCGUCUACGAGGGAGAGAAUGUCUAUGCCGUUCUGCACGCACCUCGUGGCGACGGAACCGAAGCAAUCGUACUUGUCGCACCGCUCAGAAACAUUGACGGCGUCCCGAACGUGAAUGGUGUGCCGCUCCUCAUCUCCCUGUCGCGUUAUUUCAAACGAUGGUCGCUGUGGUCGAAAGACAUUAUAUUCCUGGUCACCCCGGACAGCACCGCAGGACCGCAAGCAUGGAUCGAUGCGUACCAUUCCACCCAUGACCCAUACAGGGUGCAAGAUCUGUCGUUGAAGUCUGGUGCACUUCAGGCUGCUGUUUGCAUCGAUUAUCCAUUUGAGCAUCGAUUCGAGAAUCUUCAUAUUGCGUACGACGGCAUUAACGGCGCUCUGCCGAACCUCGAUCUAUUCAAUACCGCCGUGUCUAUUGCUUCUGGUCAAAUGGGGAUUGGCACGUCGAUCCAAUUCCAACACACCUACAGCAAGCAUGAGCAGUACAGUUCGUAUCCCGUUCGCCUCCAAACACUCGUCCGCGGCAUGUCAACCCAAGCCCUCGGCCACGCGACUGGUCCCCAUUCUACCUUUAUGACGUAUCACAUUGACGCUAUCACCUUGACAGCGACGAACGAGGGCUGGCAGGAUGAAAUGGCGUUUGGGAGAACGAUCGAAAGCAUGUGUCGAAGUCUUAAUAACCUGCUUGAGAAACUACAUCAGAGCUUCUUCUUUUACCUAUUGAUGCAGUCAAAUCGCUUCGUCAGCAUCGGAACAUAUCUUCCAGGUGCGAUGAUCAUGGCUGCCGCUUAUACGAUUAUGGCAAUCUACCUAUGGGUAUUGAGUGGCUACCAAGUUGCCAACAAAGAAGCAGAGGCGACAGUUAACAAGCUGGAGAAUGGGUCAACAAAGCAGACGAGCGUUUCGAACCCACAAAUUCCAUUGCCCAAAGGAGCUCUGUCAACAAUCGAAUUCAAGCCAGUCGACAGACAACUCGUCCUCCCAAUCGCCCUUCUGACAGCGAUUCAUCUAUCGUCUCUCAUCCCACUAUAUCUCCUGACCACUCUGAGCCUCCGAUCCAUGCCCUCUACAUUUUUCCUCAUAACGGUUGCUCUCCUUGUGCUUCCAAUAGUUCUAGCAUCAGCACUUGCCGAAAUGCCAAACAACACCACGUUACCUGCCUUUUCCGCGCCCACGAAUGAGCAAUACGUCCUAAUCAAGUCACUCAGCCUUUUGCUACUUGGCCUCUUCUUGACAGUGUUGGCGACAUUGAAUUUCAGUCUCAGCAUGUUUCUUGGUAUUGUUUGUAUACCGCUGGUCUUUGUGGAUAGGACUCCCUCCCGUGCCGUACUGUCAUCUCUUCAGUAUCUGGUACUUGUCAUUAUGAGUCCAAUGGGACUGGCAAUAGGAUUGAGCGCAUAUGGCACCUUCGUCUUGGGCCAAGAUGACAUUUUUGUCCAGUGGCUACAACGGCUCGCUCUAGGUUGGAAUAUCUGGGGCAGCUGGGGGGUUCCCGUUGGUGUUUUGUGUAUUUGGUUGCCUGCAUGGGUUGUAGGCGCGACUUUGGUGGCCAGCUCUUGGUUCACAGCGACAGAAGCAGUCAAAAGUACGCCAGACACCGCAAAGAAGGUGUCAUCAAAAACAGCAUCGUGA